AUGGUAAAUGGUGUCCGAGGCGUUCUGUGGCCACAAAUAUCGCAAUGCUGUGGUGUCAACGAUCAUUGUGGUGGUGGUGAUGGUGGUGCUGCGGCUGUGUGCUCAGCUGGUGGGGUGGGAGUGGGGGUGACGGGUGGGGGCGACGCGCGGGUGAGCCUGGAAGCAGCGAACCAGUGGGAGGAGGUGGUGGUGGGGGCCGUGGGGGAGCAGGCCACCCCCUCCCGCCACGACUGCCACUACUAUAACUGCUUCAAUGUCUACCGGUGUGGGCGGAAUGGCAACCAGCGUCUGUCUGUUUACGUGUACCCGCUGGCUCGGUACGUCGACGAGGAACAUGUGGCAAUCAAACCGAUGUCCCGAGAAUUCUUUGAGGUCCUUGACGCCAUUUUGAACUCCGAGUACCACGUAGGGAACCCGGAGGAGGCCUGUGUGUUGGUCCCUCCUAUUGACACCCUUAAUGAAAACAGCUUACGGAGAGACAAGAUCGGCCAGGCUCUCUCCAUGCUGCCCUUCUGGUCCGAGGGAGAGAACCACCUACUCUUCAAUAUGCUCCCCGGGACACCCCAGUUUGCUACCAGCUUAGGGGUGGAGCGGGGGAGGGCCCUGGUGGCGGGGCUUUCCUCCCUCUCCUACCGCCGGGGGUACGACAUCGCCAUCCCCGUCUACAACCCCGCCCAUAGAUCGCAGCCUAUGGGCACCAAGACGCCGUCAGAGAGGCAGUGGCUGGUGGUGUCAUCCCAGGUCAACCUUCACAGAGACUACAGGGAGGACUUGGAGGGUCAGGUCGCAAAGGUCACAAAGGUCACAAAGGUCACAGGGGUCACAAAGGAGCGACUUGGUGACCUUUUGGUGCUGGAAAAAUGUCGGGGUGACUCUAACCUGACCCAGCGUUGUCAUGGCGACCUGGUUUACUCUUAUCCUGAAAUCUUGAGGGAAGCGGUGUUCUGCCUGGUGGUGCGAGGGGGCCGGCUGGGACAGAGCAUGUUGUAUGAUGCUAUGCAGGCCGGCUGUGUGCCCGUCAUUGUGGCCGAUGGGUACCAGAUGCCCUUCUCCGAGGUCCUGGACUGGCGAGAGGCUUCAGUACAAAUUUAUGAAGAAGAUUUGCCGGAAGUUCUGAAUAUUUUGAAGAGAGAUGUGUCAGAGGAGAGACUGGCCGAGAUGCAGAGACAGGUUCAAUGGCUCUUCACCCAGUACUUUGCCACAAUGAAGGACAUCACACUCACAACACUCAAGAUCCUCAACGACAGAGUGUUUCCAGCCCACGCUCGGCCACUCAGCGCCUGGAACACCCGGCCACGCCCCGCAGCAGUGGCCAGUCCCCUCUUCCUGCCCCUCACAGCCCCAGCGUCAGAGGGCUUCACUGCUGUUAUCCUUACUUAUGACAGGCUGGAGUCGCUGUUUCAGGUGAUACAAAUGAUGGCCCAGGUUCCGUCACUCUCUAAAGUUCUUGUAGUGUGGAACAACCAGAGGAAACCGCCACCCCAAGCGUCCCUGUGGCCCAAGAUCAGCGUGCCCCUCAAGGUGGUGCAGACAAGAGAGAACAAACUGAGCAAUCGUUUUUACCCCUACGAGGAGAUUGAGACAGAGUGCAUCUUGGCUAUUGACGAUGAUAUUAACAUGAUGACUGCGGAUGAGCUUGAGUUUGGAUACCAGGUGUGGCGCGAAUUCCCGGACCGAAUCGUUGGGUUUCCGUCGCGCAAUGUUCUGUGGAGCAACGACACACACAGCUGGAAGUACGACUCGGAGUGGACCAAUGAGGUGUCGAUGGUGUUGACAGGGCUGGCGUUCUACCACAAGUACUGGUCCUACGUGUACACCACCCAGCUGCCAGGGGACAUCAAGGCCUGGGUGGACACAAAUAUGAACUGUGAGGAUAUUGCCAUGAACUUCCUCGUCUCAAACCUCACUGGGAAGGCUCCAAUUAAGGUGACCCCAAGGAAGAAGUUUAAGUGUGGGGAGUGUACCAGCGGCGAUCUGUCCGCCAAUGAAGCGCACAUGGUGGAGCGGUCCCAGUGUGUGCGUCACUUCACCAGAGUGUUUGGAACGAUGCCCCUCAAGACAGUGGAGUUCCGAGCUGACCCAGUGCUCUUCAUGGACAAUUUCCCAAAGAAACUCAAGCUUUAUGAUGACAUGGGGAGUCUCUAGAGGAGGAGGAGGAGGAGGAGGAGGAGGAGUGGUAUUCGUGAGGGAGGAGGAAGGAAAUAAGUAGGAGGAAAAA